CUCUCACAGCUUCAUGUUCUGGAUGGUCCAGAGAGAGACUACUCUGCAGGUUCUACAAAAGGUUUAUUCUUGUAUCUUAAUACAUCAGAAAAUAUGAACUUCCUCCUUUUGAGCCCAUGGCUGAGGAGCAGCAGUGAAAACUGCAUGGUGCAUGUGGCUGUCUACAAAUACUUCCAACCAAACGGGAAGUAUGUUGCUCAGGUCCUCCAUGCUAAUGAAAGCCACAUCAAAACCCCAUUGAUUCCUGGCAAAGAAAAAAAUGGAUGGGUGCUUCUUCAACAAAGGGUUGGAUAUCUAGAAAAACCUUUUCGGAUCUCCUUGGAGUAUACUGCUAAUGGAAACAGGAGUGUAGCUGCUGUUGAUUCAUUUGCAAUGAAGAAUUGCAGCAAAGGACCUCCAUCUGUCUCUAAAAUGGCUCUUCAGAGUUAUUUCAGUUGCUGGAAUGGAACAGUGAUCAAGUUGAGACGGGUGUGCGAUUUCAUCAAAGAUUGUGCAGAUGGAGAAGAUGAAGGACAGAUAUGCAAAAACCUUCCUACUGGUUUCUAUUGCUCCUUUGAAGAUGGAGAGUGUGGCUGGGCUCAAAGCUCAUCAACUUCACCAAAGGCUCAACUGUGGCAUAUUGGGAAUCCAGAAUAUCACCACUUUUGUUCACUGAAAGAAUGUGCCCUUUUGCUUAACACCAGUGAGAGUCCCUUUGCAGAGACAGUUAUGGUGACUAGUGCUGUAUUUCCAGCUCCAAUGAAGAAUUCUCCCUGUGAGCUUCAGAUAUCAUGGCUCCUCCAAGGUACGUUGCUUGGAGAUGUCUCCCUCAUUCUUGUUGAGAACAAGACUGGAAAAGAGCAGAGCAGAAAGCUCUGGCACUUGAAUGACCAGAAAGGAUUGGGAGUAUGGCAAAAGAUGAUCAGACCUCUCCCUGACAUUUUUGACAGAUUUUGGCUUCAGAUUAUUGCAUCCUGGAAAGCUGGAUCAGAAACCAUCAUUGCCUUUGAUAAUGUGUCCCUCAGCCUGGACUGUUAUCUGACAAUCAAUGAAGAGAAGACAUAUCGACAUAGCAGACCAGAUGCAGGCAAUCUGCUCUAUGAAAGAGGUAGGGGAGAAGGACAUUUUGAAGAAAAACCAACACAGUUUACUGUUCCAGUUGGCUUUCGAGAUAAUUGGUUCUUUGAGACCUGUGGUGCCACUGGAUCACAAGGGCCUACUCAGACCCAGUGCAAUCAUGCCUAUAAUUUCAGUGUAUUGGUAGGAACAGAGGAACAUUUUCCUGGUGUACAAAUAUGGAGAGUUCCUGCAGCCAAUAUAUACAGUAUCUCAGUCUAUGGAGCAGCUGGUGGCAAAGGGAAAAACAGUAUGAUGAGAUCACAUGGUGUGAAUGUUGUGGGAAUAUUUCCACUCGAGAAGAAUGAUACCUUGUAUAUCUUGGUGGGACAACAAGGAGAAGAUGCUUGUCCCAGUAUCCAUCAUGCCAUACAGAAAGUCUGCCGUGGAGAGAAUAAUGUGGUUGAAGAUGAAAUUAAAGCAAAUGGAAGCAUCCAAGAAUGGGCAGGAGGAGGAGGUGGAGGAGGAGGUGCAACUUACAUAUUUAAGAUCGAGAACGGAAAGCCAGUGCCCUUGAUCAUUGCAGCAGGAGGAGGUGGCAGGGCCUACAGGGCCAAAGCCUAUGUAUUAAAUCAUGAAAGGCUGGAGAAUGAUAUAUCUAUUCCGGGGUUCAAUGGGAAAUCUGGAGCCGCAGGUGGUGGAGGCGGCUGGAAUGAUAACACUUCCUUCCUCUGGUCAGGAAAAUCCUUGCUGGAAGGCGCUACCGGAGGAAAAUCCUGCCCCCAGGCCAUGAAGAAGUGGGGGUGGGAGACAAGAGGGGGUUUCGGAGGGGGUGGAGGGGGGUGCUCCUCAGGUGGAGGAGGCGGAGGAUAUAUAGGUGGCAAUGCAGCAGAACAAAAUGACCCAGAAAUGGAUGGAGAGGAUGGUGUAUCCUUUAUUAAUACCCAGUAUGGUUCACUCUUUACUCCUGCAUUAAAAGUGUCAGAGGGGCAUGGUGAAGUCAACAUUAAGCUAUAUUUGAACUGCAGUCAUUGUGAUCAUGAUAUGUGCCACGAAGAUUUGAAGACUCAGGAAAUUGUUUGCAUUUGUGGCUAUGGAUAUGUGUUGGCUAAUGAUGGUGUCUCUUGCAUAGAUGAAUUGAUCCUGCCCACCAAGAAUCCCCCUCUUUCUUUGGUCUUGUCAGUAGUGACUUCAGCUUUGGUUGCUGGUCUUAUUCUAGCCUUCUCAGGGAUUAUGAUAGGGGUCUAGGCCAUGGAGCUUUUGGGGAAGUGUAUGAAGGCCAGGUGAUUGGGAUCCCCACUGACCCCACUCCUCUUCAAGUGGCUGUAAAAACAUUGCCAGAGGUUUGCUCAGAGCAAGAUGAGUUGGAUUUCCUGAUGGAAGCUCUUAUAAUAAGCAAAUUCAAUCACCAGAAUAUUGUACGCUGCAUUGGAGUAAGCUUACAGGCUCUGCCUCGCUUUAUUUUACUGGAGCUUAUGGCUGGAGGAGACUUGAAAUCUUUCCUGAGGGAGACACGACCAAAGCCGACCCAUCCCUCCUCACUAACCAUGCUGGAUUUGCUCCACGUAGCUCGUGAUAUUGCUUGUGGUUGUCAGUAUUUGGAAGAAAAUCACUUCAUUCACAGAGACAUUGCUGCUCGAAAUUGCCUCCUUACUUGUAAAGGUCCUGGAAGAAUAGCUAAAAUUGGAGAUUUUGGAAUGGCCAGGGACAUAUAUAGAGCCAGCUACUACAGAAAAGGAGGGUGUGCAAUGCUGCCUGUCAAAUGGAUGCCACCUGAAGCCUUCAUGGAAGGGAUAUUUACAUCCAAAACAGAUACCUGAUAUCGAAUAAUGACCCAAUGCUGGCAACACCAGCCAGAAGACAGGCCAGACUUUGCCAUUGUUCUGGAGAGAAUUGAAUACUGCACCCAGGAUCCUGAUGUCAUCAAUACGGUUCUGCCUGUGGAGUAUGGUCCAUGCAUUGAAGAAGAAGAAAAGGUUCCUGUGCGUCCUGAAGAUCCUGAAGCAAUUCCUCCUCUGUUAGUGUUGCCGCAGCGGGAGAAAAAGGGUGCUGAGCAGCUCCUGCCUUCCCCGUCCUCUCUCCCUUUUGUCAUUCCAGCAGGAAAAGCUCUCAUGAAAGCAGCUGCUGUUGAGCCAAUUACCCAGGCUAACAUCCAGACUUCUCUAGAAGGGGGCCACAUCAACAUGGCGUACACUCAAUCAAUUCCUGCAACAGAGCUCCACAAAACCCGGGGAUCCAGAAAUAAGCCUACCAACCUCUGGAACCCAACAUAUGGCUCUUGGUUUUCAGAGAAGCCAGUUGUCAAAAAGACUACUCAGCUGGAAAAAGAGGCAACAGAGCAGGAAGAUUCAAGGCAUGAAGGCAGCUGUACUUUGGGGCCCAGCAUAAUGGCUGGAAGGCUGCCAAGCUCUUCCCUUCUUCUAGAACCAUCUUCACUUACAGCCAGUGUUAAGGAAGUGCCUCUCUUCAGGCUUCGCCAUUUUCCUUGUGGCAAUGUUAACUAUGGCUACCAACAGCAAGGCCUUCCCUUGGAAACCUCAGCCCCACCUCUGUGCCAGCAGUUACGAGGACCUUCACCUUAGGAACGAGCUCAAUCAACCUCUAAUCUUCUUGACUUUCUUCCCAUGUGACUCGUGAGCCUUGGCACAAACUUCGGUGUCAACCAUAGAGCAACCACGAGAACAGAACAAAUUCCCUUCUGUUAUGUGCCAAUCUGCUCUGAAGUGCCAUCACCCCGGAAGCUUUUUUUAAAAAAAUCUCUUAAUAAGUUUCAAUUUAUCAGUGCUCCUUUAUAUACACACCUACACAAUCACACCUUUAAACCCACAUAACUCUCUGAGAUAAUAGUCACUAUUACAAGCAAGGCCCUGUCCUCAACUGCAUAAUAUCACUUGCAUGGUUGUUUGCUAUGGCCUUUCCUGUGCGCUGCUUCCUCUUAGUUGUUUAUAUGCCAUUUCAAAACUCACUGGCCAAGUGUUUAAUGUUUAGGGAUUUUCUAUACUGCCAAACAAUAUUUUGGAUGUCCUCAUGAUUUCAGAGAAAGUAUGGAAAUGUUGUCCUGUCAAAGGCAAAGUCACAUAACAUGGACUCUGAAAGAGCUCAUAUUCAAAUAGCAUCAUAACUACCACAUGCAUGCAAAACUAUGGAGAUCUAGCAUCAGAAUAGCUAAAUGUGUCAAUGUCACUCCUUUUAUUCUGUAGCGGAAAUUGCAGAAAGUGAAAUGGAUUACCUUGGCAAGACAGUAAAAAUGCUCACCUUUUCCCAUCUAUUGUGAUCAUUGGUUGGCAACAGUUGAGGAGUUAUAUCUAACCCUUAUCUUUCAGAAUGUAUUAAUGUCAUUGAUGGAUCUGGCAAAAUGUGGCAGAUGAACAAAGGAUUACCAAGAUAGUAAAGGCCAGAUUGCAUACUACUGAAACUCUCAUUAUGUCACUGUCAUUAUAUCAUUGCUGAGGGCAAAGCUUGGCAAUCAGAGGAAGAGAGUCCUUUGGUUUGAAUAUCAAUUCUUCCAGGGUGUGAAUAUAUUAAUUAUUAUAAUAUGCACAGUAGUUUAGGAACCAAGCCAAACGCUUUUAUAGAACAAGAAUUUAGGAGAAAGGGGUGUUAGAAAAUUCUCACUGCCCAUUUUUCAAAGCAUAUGUAAUAUAUACAGUACAUAUACUGAUAAAUUAGGACUUAAAACAAUAAUUAUAUUACAGUUCAGCAUGUCAUAGAGCCACAAUCCAACAUGUUUCACAGCUUGCUAGAAACAGCCAUUAAUUUGACUUGAAUUGAAAAGCUUUAUUAAAAUAUCUUACUUUGUGAUUAGUUGCCAAAAUUGUACCUACACAGUAAUACCUACUGGGUGAGUUAGCUAAAGUGAUGGUGAUACCUGUAGUAUGAAAAUAUUGAUACAAAUGAAGAUGUUAACAUUGUUCCAAGCAGAUAAACUAGCACACUGAGCCAAAGUUGCUACUCAGGUGUGCAACUUUCAACCACUUUUCUAGCUAAGUGAAAAAAGUAGUAUAUUAUGUGGUACUAGUAGUAUCUUAUGCUACCCAAUCUUUGUAUCACUGUAAAGAUAAAUGAAGACCAAUUUGUGCCUCCUGUCUUCGUUUUAAGAUCCUAAUAAACAAAUGGAGUUAUAGUUCUGUGCAAUUUGCAUUGCAUAAGAUCAUUAAUUUCAUUAGGCCUUAUUUGCAAAUGAAGAUGAGUGAUCUUCCUCAAUGAAAGCAAAUGUUAUUGACUGUCAGUGGCUCUUGGCUUGCUGUAAUAACAGUCAACAGAAAUUGCUCUGUAAAUUAGGCAAAUAGAAUAUUUAUUAAUCCCUCCCAUUGACAGAAUAUCAUGGUCCUACCAGGAAAUAACCAAGAAUCCUAAAAUAUAAAGUGAGGCUGGCUUUCUCUCUGCUCCGAACAAUCUCUUUUAAUCAUUUUUACAUAGGCAGCCCCAUGUUCUGUAGUUGAGUCAGGGAGCUUAAAUUAGUAAGUAUGUGGGUUUCCUG